AUGUUCGUACUUUUUAUAUUAUCCAUCGUGUUCAUCUCAGCUCAUGCGAAUAAUCAGUUUUACAAUACUGAUCAACCUUCAAACGUUGGUAAGUUUGAUAGAUUCUUGUUGUCAUCCAUUUAAUACAUGACAAUUUUUGAGCGUGCGAAGCUGCGUUGAAAGUCGGUCCCACCUUGAACAUGUCCGUCCCUUACUACUUUCCGGCACAGUGGAAUGAGAAUAUGACUGGUGCCACGUAUGCGGCCAAUCAACGCUGUAAAUGGACAAUCUCGAUUCCUACGCAGACAUUCGCUCUCUUCACAAUGAUGGCCGACAUCGGAGGAGACAGCACUCUCGUAGUGACCGAUUGCAAUGGCAAAUCUGAAACGUAACUGCGAGGAUGUGUGUCAGAAAAUGAAGGAAAACAUUUAGAAUAAUGACGAGUGAGCAACAGCCGUACAUUUUCGUUGGGGUCCAAUUCACUAUUGAUCUGAGCGUGGGCGCAAUUGCAAACGGAACAAAGCUCGGAUUCAAGGUGCAAUGGAACAAUUGUGAGCGCUUUACAAGCUGACAAAUAGGAAAGUGUUCAUAUAUUUUACAGUGCCCACUCCGAAUCCCGCUUUCUACAACGUCUCUAAAACAAGCGAAGCCCUUGUGUUUGAUGAAAUGCUCUCCGAGAAUUCAGUAGUUUUGACGGCAGAGACAAGGGUCAGUCGUGCUCCUCGUCCCCACAGUUCCCAUUCAUUCUUUCAGGUCAGCCUUGUCGCCUUCCCCUCGGUCUACCCCGAUCUCACUUCCCUUCUUCGCCUCACCCUCGUCUUCGACGGUCCGACAAUCGAGUCGCCGUACCUCGGCACUCUCUUCCAGGCAGUUCGUGCCAAUAAACCGAUCGUCUCCCGAGCAACUCAGAUGACCGUAUUCACAUUUCAAGAGUACUACGUCGUCGGCUCAUUUUUCAUAGUUCAAGACAACUUCAGUGAGCUAUUUGAAGAAAUUAUUUCGAUGAACUCUUGUUAGCAGAUGUUGCCGGAUUGGCUGAAACGAAAGGAAUCACUUGCUGGAGUCAAUCCUCGUGCCCGGUCACUUUGAAUGCUGCGAACGGACCGGUUUCUGCGAUGACUUUGAAUGUGGACGAUGGAAAUGAAUACCUAAAAAAGCUGGAUCUGAGUCCGGAAGCUACGCUCAAAGUGUUCAUUGGAGCAAGAAGAGAAGGCGACGAUUCGAAUGUGAUCGUUACUUAUGAGUGUGUUCUGAACAACAUUCACUCCAAGAAUACCUUAUUGUUUCAGUCCUGCUCAAUCAAAAACGAAUAUUCCACAGAAGUUCAAUGGGGAACUUAUGACGUAUUACUUAGAGAACGGAACGGCGCUGAUUGAGUUGGCAGAAGAUCAGAACUACAGUAUGCUCUUGGCGUUUUUUGUAGUGUCUAACUUCCAUUUUCUUUGCAGCAAGGUGGAAUGAUGCAGUUGGCGGAAGAGAGGGAUUCAUAACUUCGAAGUACUACGGAUAUGAACAAACGUAUCAGGACGUGUAUGAAGUCAUCGGAGGAAGAGGUAGGCACUCAGAAUCAAUAAGCUGAUUACAGAUAUUGUUCAGAAGACACUGACGAUUUCGUUUUCCGUGUCAACGUCACUCAUGUCGAUGUUUCGCACAAUUCCACACUUUCGAUUAUGUUUGCAGGUGAAAUGGGACUUACUGAGUUUCGGUCAGUGUCCUUGUCAGCUAAACUUGAUUGAAGUUUUGCAUGUUACAGGUUUGCUUCUGACGGUCAAUCGGAUAACAGUGCCUUUUCCUUUCAAGCGACCAACAUGACAGUUUCUUAUUUUACAAAUGGAACUGAAACGAAAGGAUUCUAUUUGGAUUUCCAAAUUGAGGACGCCAUCUCUUCAGCUGGAAACAGUGAGUUCAUGGCUUUCCCUAUUUCCUUCCCCAAAUGCAAACCUAUUUUCAGAAUCUCUCUUUGUCGUGGCCCUGUUGUUAUCGCUCUUUUGUUAUUGA